AUGACAACGGUCUCUGAAAAAGUAUUUGAAAUGAUUACAUUCACUCGACUCAAAACAUUUUCAGUCACUUUGACUUCGGAAAAACCUGAAAGAAUUAAAGGGUUGGUUUCGUUUAUAUGGCAUCCUGAUAGUUGUCUAGAAAGUUUAUCAACCUCAAAUUGUUUUGUAUUGGAUAAAGAUGAUCUUUUCCCAAUAUCAUUACGCUCUCUCUUGAUCAAUCAAAAUCUCACUCGUUUAUCAGUUGACUUAGGUCAUAUUUGUUUUGCCAUUCUUUUAAUGCCGUUUGUACCUAAUCUUGAAUAUUUUGAACUUCGUCUUCAUAGUGUUUACAGUACAGUUUCAUGUUUCAAGUUUGAAUUCUUGCAAGAACAGCAAUGGCCAACAAAAGUUAAAUUAUUACGACUUAUCGCUUAUGAUCAGUUCAUGGAUACACAUUGUUUCUGCGCCUUUGUUAAAAGGUUUUCUUUAUCACUCCACCAUCUGUCAUUCUACAUCAGUAUUGGGUACUGUUUUCUGAUGGCGACACGGCGCAAGUUCGAGCGACAUUUACUCGAUUAUUUACCACAUUUGAAAUCGAUCGAUUUUUGUGUCCACAGUGGUUUAUUGAGUUUGGAAAUCGAUCGUCGUCAUGCAUUUGACCGUUGGACAAGAAAGCAAGUCGUUUCAAUACAUCAUUUGUAUCAAUAUCUUACACGAUUCACAAUACCAUUCUCUUUCGAUCGACUUGAGCAUGUAACUAAUGAUUUUGUUGACUAUCACUGCAAUUAUCCUCAAUCCAAUGUCAUUUUAUCUCUUCCAUCAAUUCUCAUGAUUAGUUUUCGUUCUAACGAUAAAUUAAAUCUUGCUCUAUUCUCGUUUAUACGGAAGACAUGUCCUUCUCUACGUCAUCUUCGUUUUAGAUGGGACUGUAAGUUAAGUGAUGAUCUUAUUCAGAACACACAAUUAACGUUACCAACAGUUACAGAACUUUAUCUUGGUGAUGUUACAUCUAUCGAUUUUCCUACUCUAAAUCGUAUUCUCACUCUGACAUCUAAUCUGAAACAUUUAACUGCUCGACGAAGUCAUAUUACUGUCAUCAAUACCGUGAACAACAAUGAUAAUGUUCUCGGACGUAUACCUAAAGUAACAAUAGUCGAAUAUAAUUCACAGAUGAACAACAUUUAG